AAAUUGACUAAAUAUGUAUUGAUAACUGUUUUGGUAAAAUGGAAUUUGGUAUGUAGAGAGCCUUUAUUUUAACAUGAUUUGAACAAACAAAAACAACUUUUUUAUGAUGAAAAACAUUUAAUGAUUCAAUAUUUCUUUUAUAAAGUUUAAUGCAAAUACAAAGUUCUUACAACUUCAUGUACAGUUAGAAGGAAUUUUUCUCAUGCACAAAUAACACAUUCACAAAUAAAGCAUUAAUUAACUUAAAGUUGGCACAAUGUUGUAAAUGUUACUUGAUAAAUGUUUGUUAGUUUCUUAUAUGUAUGUAUUAAGUAAGCAGAAAAUAUUGUGCUGUUAUCCACAUUCAUAUGCCUGAGAGAGCAUUACUGGCAUGAGAGGGCAAUACUGGCCUGAUAUGGCAAUACUGGCCUGAGGGGACACUGCUGUUUAUAUAUGCCAAUUGUAAACCAAACAUGGCUCCCACGCACUAUAGUUGCCGAUCUAGAAAACUCAGCUGUAACAUACUCAAUUCAUUACAACAUCGUUAUCAAAGGUCAUGAUGUAUGUAAUAUGGUCCAAGUUAUCCAAAUAUUACAGCAAUUUGUCGAGAACAUCGAGAAUUGUAUGUUGAAUCUGCAGUAAAAGGAGAAGUUUCAUUUUAUCCGGAGAAGAUAUAUUAAUACAUUAAGCAUUGGAGUAGACAGUAGUCAAUCAUGCAAGGUCAGCAGGGUUACUCUGGUCCUUCUUAUGACCGCUGGGUGGAGAGGACGGACAACUCCACCUUCCAGAGGAUGAAGGAGACGUACUGGACCACUAAACAGGCCGUGAAGAGGAAACUGGGGAAGAAGGAAGAUGAACACAUUGUGGCUUCAGAUGCCGAGCUUGAUGCUAAAUUAGAGGUCUUCAAAGCAGUUCAGCAUUCCUGUAUGGAGCUACUGAGAGUGUUGGAGAAAUAUCAAGACAGAUUAUGUACAUUAUCCCAGGAGGAAAGUGCAACUGGGAGGUUCCUGAAGAAUGAGAGUGGUAAGGACAAGACCAGGGCUGGCAAGAUGAUGGCUGCCGUUGGGAAAUCUCUCAGCUUUUCUUCACAACAAAGGUUAUCUUUGCGCCCAUCUUUGGUGCGACUGUACCAAGAGGUGGAGACCUUUCGUUACCGCGCCAUAUCAGACACCCUCGUCACCAUCAACAGAAUGGAGGCUGCCAGGACGGAGUACAGGGGUGCCCUCAUGUGGAUGAAAGAUGUAUCAGAAAACCUGGACCCUGAUACAUAUAAGCAACUGGAAAAGUUUAGAAAGGUGCAAGCUCAAGUGAGGAAAACUAAGGCCAAGUUUGACCGUCUGAAGGUGGACGUGAUGCAGAAGGUGGACCUUCUGGCGGCCAGUCGGUGCAAUAUGUUCUCCCAUGUGUUAGCCAACUACCAGUCCACACUGUUGACUUUUUGGGACAAAACUGCCAGAACCAUGACAGCAGUGGCUGAGAGUUUCAAAGGAUAUCAAUAUUAUGAAUUUAGUAUGCUAAAGGAACUGACGGAAACUAGUAAAAAGCUUGCUGAUGAAACUAAUAACAUGGAGGCUGCAGACAGAGACAUUGAUGAGUGGAUCAAGAAAGAGGGUGAUGAUGAGGAAUUAGAGCUGACUUGGAAAAAUCCAAUCCCUGAGGAAAUUGAACAAAAGAAAGAUUUCACAAAUCCAGAGACAGAUGACUCUCAGUUAAUAGAUCUUGGUGAUUUUUCAAUCAGUGCAAAUGAUAGAGACUUAUUAGAUAAUCAGAAUCAAGUUGCUAUGAAUUCAGAACAAUCAGACCAAACAAGAGAAAAGCAAAGUUUAAUAGACUUUCAAGAUGAAGUAGAAGAGGCUAUAGAGAGUAAAGUAUACAGAGAUGAUCCUGACAGUCCAGAACAACCACCACCCCCUGAAGAGAGGGGCAAGCUAGAAAUGUCAGCUUUACCGAGACUACCAGCUAAAAUAAGGAAAGCAGCGGGAGGAAGUGGCGAUGAAUCUCAUGCCCAGACAGUGGAAGAAAAUCAAAAUGGCAAAGAACAGGAUAACAUUAUAGACUUUGGUGAAGAAGAAGAGACAGCUGAAGAGUUUGACUACAGUGGAAAACUUAUACAGUCUUCACAGAAACCACAAGUCCAAAAAGGUGGGUGAGAUUUUAGGAUUUUU